AUGUGGCGGAGGCGAGUGGGCGCCCUCCUUCUCCGAUCCCAACCUGCUUCCUCCUCCACGGCCGCCUCUUCCUGCCAGCGUCUCCGACACCACCUUCUCCCCAGCGAGGAACCUCUGGCUCUCAAUCGUCUUGCCAGGCUCUUCACGUCCCAAGCUGGAAGUGAUGGUGGCGAUACCCAGAAGCCCUUUAUUGCUUUUGUCUUAGGGGGUCCUGGGAGUGGCAAAGGAACACAGUGCACCAAGAUUGCUUCGGAUUUUGGAUUUGCCCAUUUGAGCGCUGGCGAUCUUCUCCGGCACGAAAUAGCAUCUGGCAGUGAGAAAGGGGAGUUGAUCCUAGACAUCAUAAAGGAAGGGAGGAUUGUACCGUCUGACAUAACUGUGGAACUCAUAAGAAAAACGAUGGAAACGAAAAAUGCUAAAAGGGCUCUUAUUGACGGCUUCCCAAGGUGUGACGAAAACAGAAUCGCCUUCGAAAAAAUUACUCAAGACUUUGGCAUUGGUAUUGGAUACCCCCAAUUCCGUUGUUUGGAUGGUCUUGGUAUCGAGGAGUGGAAAGGAGCUCCAAUGCCAUAUAGCAUUCGGCCUGCCUGUUCAGCCCCUCCCACAAUACCGAGCGCCCCCCUCUGUAUUCACGAGAAUCUUCCCCACCUGAAAUGCUUCGUCUGUGUUGCGAAAAAACAGGAGUCCUUCCCUCGCCGGCGCAGGCCCUCUCGUAGUCUGCCCUCGCCGGAGACGCUGCCUUCUUCAAGCUCCCUCCAUCCUCCUUCCCCGUCUUUGAUGGCGGCGAACCCAGCUCCUCCUCCAUCCAUCGAUCUGCCGGCGCCACCCCGCCAUGGUCGCCGUCGAGGAGCCCAGGUCCACCUUGCCAUGGCUUCCAUCGACCUCCACCUGAGCUGCGCCUCGUCUUCCUCGCGGACGAGCGGCGGCGUCUGCCUGCACGAGCCGGGCAAGUGA